CUGUGGUUAGGUAACCUGCCUCGCAAAUUGUUGCAUCGUUCUACUGUGAAAGCUUCUGGCUUAUCAUUUGUCUCAGUUAAUUCUUGGAUGACCAGCUAUACGUCGGGCUAUAAAUUUUUAGGUUAAAGGGGAUUUGAAUUGACUGCUGCUCGUACUGCCCUCAAUGGGUGGCCAGUGGCUAUAUAUAUUUACUUCAGUGCCAAUUAUUACAUCUGUCUGUAGCAUCAAUCAUCUAUUCAAGCAGCAUUCUUUUCACGGUCAUUAAAAUAAGAAGAAAUAUCGGAACAUUGGGAGCUAUUAAUAAACAUAGGUGGCCUGAAGUUUUACUCCUACGAGGGCAUGGCAGCAGCUCCCAAGGGAUUUGGGCUAUUCUCAGGCAGUGCGUGUUGGCGAUUGAAUCGAAGUCUAUGAUCAAGGUGAGAGAAGCACGACAGCAUUGUAUGAGCUCAAUUUUAAUGACGUUUUUUUUUCAGGUGGAUGGCGCGACUCCCUUGAAGAUAUGCCCACCCACGCAGCUGCGCAAAUUGACAAUGGCUUUGCUAACAUUGAAAAGGCUUUAAGGCUGCCAGUGGCAAAGGCUGGUAGCAGGUUUUCCGCGUCAACGCCACGCAUCUUCUUCUUAGUGAGGGAAUAAUGGCGGCGGUGCAGUGAAAUUUCAAGAAAUACAUGCCCGAUCACCAGCCACUUUGGACGGCGGUGGGAUUUCGCAUGGCCGUGGAGAUUGAAGUCGUCGCAUAUGAUCCUGAAGGAGCAAGAGCAGCGGGAGGCAAAUAAGGGAUAUUUUGUCAUUAAUUUAUCCUCCAUAGACAGCGGCUACAUGAAGAAAUCAGAACCUAAAAAUCUGUCGGCCUAAAGAAAGACCUGUGGUACAUGAGCAAUUCACUGCAAUGCUUGGUGGUCUUUAGAGCGAAAAGAGAUUAACAAGUGAGGCUCAACGCAUCAAAUCUCUGCAGUGAUACGGAUACUGAUGAAAGUCUUCUUUAAUGACUGCAAAAAAAAAAAUGAACAUUGGCCUCAUUGAAAUUUUUAUCAGCAACGAAAAGAAAGAAAUGCAAAUAGCUGCUACCUAGAUGAAAAAUGGCAGACAGCCAAAUACAGGCCUACGUUAGCAGUAGUCGUAAAUAGCACUGUUGCGUGGAACAGAUGAAAUAUAAAGAGCUGAUUCGAGCUAGGACGUGAAUUUUAAUUGAUGAUGAUAACAAUUACCUGAAAAGCAGACUUCUCGCCUAUGCAUCAUCACUUGCCGAGACACAGGCGCAACAAGCCCCAAAAGUAUCUGCAUCGGUGCAAUGAUGAUGUGAGAUGACCUCUCUAUAAAAAGACGGAGGGGGAGAACAAGGCAAAAAGC